GCUUGACAUGUUUUAUUGUGACUAUAACACCGCACACAGCUGGCCCGAGUCCUACUCAAUUGUUUUGAAUGCAUGUUUACACCAUAGUUAAUAGACACUGAAAGGUGCGUUUGACAGAAAAAGAUGAGUCGCUUUCUGAACGUCCUGCGGAGCUGGUUGCUGAUGGUGUCCGUCAUCGCGAUGGGAAACACCGUGCAGAGUUUCAGAGAUCACAGUUUUCUGUCAGAAAAGCUCUACACAGGCACACCUGAGUUUGUGAAUGGUCUCCAAGCUCGAACUUUUGGUAUUUGGACGUUACUGUCAUCGAUCAUCCGCUGUGCAUGUGCCAUUGAUAUCCAGAACAGAACGCUGUAUCACAUCACAUUAUGGACGUUUGUGCUGGCCCUGGGCCACUUUCUGUCUGAGGCAUUCAUCUACAAAACUGCACCUCUGACGAUAGGGGUCAUGGCACCUCUUAUUGUGGCAAGUUUCUCUGUCAUAGGAAUGCUGAUUGGAUACCAGUGUAUUCCAGAGUCACAGGAGGAAGUCGGAGCAAGACAGAAGAAGCGUAACUGAAUCUGGGUUGUCAGAUUUUCCUUUGGUCCAUUGAACCCACCUCCCAAUAACCACUGGACACUUGUGGUUUGGUCCCACUUUACUCCUGCUUGUUGCCUUGAAGAACAUCAGAUCUGGAUGAGGAUAACACUUUGAUGAGGAUAAGACUUUGUACAUCUCUAGCUGGUCUGUAUUACAUGUUUUCCAAGUUUUGCUGCUGCAAUCAGAGAGCUUUUUGUUACAGAAGCGUAUGUAACACGACAGUAAACAAUUUGUUCAUCAUGAGUUCAUUCUCAAUUUUGUAAUAUGUAACGAAGUUUGUGAAUGUUAAAGUCAUUGCUUGAAUGACCUUCAUUCAUAAAUAGUUGUGCUCAUGGUUUCAUUUUUAUUUAAUUGUAAACUUUUGGAUUUAUGGAAAUGACAGUGAUGUUUUUGUUUUAUCAAAUCAUACAACAAGUUCAUAUACUUAAUUUUAUUCAUGAUUUUCUUAAGAACUCUGACAACUUUACAGUAUAAAACUAUGUUCUUCAUUACGAAGACUCACAUCUCUCAGCAAAUUCUUUUCAUGUUUGAUCUGUGCUGUAAAAAGUUUGUAAAACCUUUAAGAUGACCCACAAUUAUUGUUCCAUAAAAGUUUUAUUUAGUGAUGUGA